GUCAGUUUUACAAGCAUCGUACAACACUGUGGACGGCCAUCUACUUAGAGCCUUCAUAGAGAGAUGGCAGCCAGCUACCAACACAUUUCACUUACCUGUUGGAGAGAUGACCAUCACACUUGACGAUGUGAGUACGUUGGUCGGUUUGCCAGUUGUUGGGCGUACCUAUCUUGCGAGCGUUUGAUCCGUGAUUCCAAAACGCAGCCCAGUAGUUUGAUGUUCGAGUUGCUUGGUGAGUACCCGGACGAUGUAGACAAGAAGAAAGCGGUGAAGUUGGAAUGGUUGAAGUCUAAAUUUAGCAAAGUGACCAUGAGAGAUAGUGCGGAGAAGAGGACAUACGCCAUUCGGGCGUAUUUGUUAUUUUUGCUCGGGUGUACUAUACUGUGCGACAAGACAGGCAACAUGGUAAGCGUGGAGUAUCUAAAUCUUGUAUCUGAUUUGGAUCGGAUCGGCGAGUAUUCUUGGGGCACUGCAUGUCUUUGCAGGUUGUACGAUGAGCUUUCCUCAGCCUCACAAAAAUCAACGAACUCAAUGGCUGGCUGGCUGACGCUCUUUCAGUCAUGGAUUUACGAGCACUUUCCUUAUUUGGCGGGUGGCACAUUGAAGACGGAAUUCGAGGGGCCAUUAGCGAGCCGAUGGGAGCCUCAGUCAAAGACUACUUCAACGCCUGAACGAGCGUCGUACCUGCGAUCUCGAUUAGAUGAUUUGAUCCCCGAUCAGGUUUUAUGGUCACCGUAUACGGCUAUUCGUGAUCGUUUCCCGAUGCCAGAUUCUGCUUGGUUUAGUGGGAUGAUAUGUUGCAUGGAUCACUUCGAGGCAUAUCAUCCGGACAGAGUGUUGAGGCAGUUCAACCGGGUGAAAAUCAUUCCAGGUCGUGCAUACAUGUCAAAAGAUAUGUACAAAGCUCUAGUUAGCAAAGGUCGACCGGUCCAGAACUCAAUUUUCGUUGCGUACGGCGAACGAUUCUCUGAUCGGUGGGAGGAGUAUUGUCUGGACGAGGAGUCGAGGUCCGUUGAAGUUGAACUCGGGGAGGCGGACACUUCGCCGGACUACAUGAAUUGGUUCCGACCCAGAUGCAUGUUACAACUGAGUAGGCAUGAAGCCCAUCCACCUCGACCCCAGGCGGAUCGACCUCGACCACAUGAAGCUCGUCCAGGGAGUGGUACCGAUAAGGAGGUCCAACUUUCACAAAUUUUGGAGUUGGUGAAGGGUACACUUAGCGAGGUGCGGGGACUUGCGCCAUCCGACGCUCAUACGGUCAUGUGGGGGACCCUAAAUGAUAUUGUCAGAUUGAUCGAGCCGGAUGCCCCACUUCCACCUCCUUCGAGCUCGUCGGAUGCCCCACCACCACCUCCAGAUAGUAUUGUAAACUGUCUUCAUACCAGUUACAUUAGACGGGUCCUUUUGCUUCAAUGCUCUUAGAAUUGCCCUUGGUUUCACCAUUGCUUUCUUCAUAGUGUGAACAAAGGAAACAUUCUCCUUUGAUAAUCUUCCAGCAUAAGAGUGUCCGUGCAAGUUUUCGAAUAAGUUGUGGUUGUGAAUACCACUAUAAACAUCCAAUUUCCACUCAGCCUUUUCAUUAUCCUUGGAUUCUUUUAACCCCUUCAAUUUAAACGGACAAUUGCAUUUCUUUGAACCGGUGCUCCUUUUUCCCGGUCUUUGAUCAUCUUCACCUGGUACCUUCUUGCCAACAUAAUGGCCCCCACGCUCACAACGAACAAUCACAUACGGUGUCCUACGUCCUCUAUCCCCGUCACUCGAACCCGCAAUCAUUAUCACCAUUCCAAUUCUUUUACAUACUUCACGAACCCAUGCCAAUAAAGCUUCUUUUGUUGGGAAUUUUUCUGACGUGGUAAAUGAAUGGGUGCAAUCGAUCUACACAAAAGUGUCGAAAAUAUAAGACAAGUAAAUUUGCAAUAUGAACAAAAUUCGACACUUA